AUGUCCAAAUUUGGCCAGUUGGUGAAGAGGUGUCAGUUCCGAGAAGUUAAGGAUGCGUUGGGUAGCGGAAACUUUGGAACAGUUUACCGAGCCUUUGAUACCCAUAUGAAGAAGCUGGUUGCUUUGAAGAUACUUGGAAAAGGCAAGCAAAUGGAGGCCAACUACAAACGUAAUUAUUGUUUUUUGAAUAAUUUUUUUUAGGUAAUAAGUGAAAGUUUGUUGAGAAUUAGGUAUGAAGUUUAAUGUUUGAUUAAAGUUUAGCUGUUGGUGUUCAGCUUCUAGGCAUUUUUGGUGAUGACAACUUGCUUUUAUUGUGAUCACUAUAUAAAAUGUUAUGAUAGACAAUUUUUGGGUAAUAAAUGAAAUUUUGUCGAGGAUUAGGUAUGAAGAUUGCUGUUUGGUUGAAGUUAGAUAGAUGUUGAGCUUUUUGGGGUUUUGGUGUCGAUAAAUUUUUUCUAUGGAUUUGGUUUACUGUUUAAAGUGAUAUGAUAGACAAAAUUUUAGAUAAAAAACCAUUUUCAAACAAACACCAAGUUUUAAUACCUAUAAUUAUAAAAUUACGUAGCUGUUGGUGAUGAAAAUAUACAGAUUUGGGACAGUAUUUAUUUUUAUGAUUUAAUAGGUCUUUUUAGGUGAAGUACAAGGUUUUUUUAAAUGGAGUACAAGGUCCAGAGACAGGAGAUCAUGUCAAAAGCGAUUGGAUUGGGCUCCGGUAGGUGGACCGUAUUUUAAAAGUUUUAAAAAAGGAUUAACAGCAACUUUGCUUGCUAUUUUCUUGUUUUAUACUGUUUUGGGAAUGGAUUUUUGAUAAAAAUUGUCUAAAGACUUUCAAAACUUUAAAAAGUUUGUUAUCAAGGCGUUUUUAAAUAUUAUAUUUUUGGCAAAUUUAAAUUAGCCUGCGGAAAAAAUGAUUUUUAUUUUAAAAAUGACAAAAAUGUGUUUUUUGAGUUGACUAAAGAAUGACGAAGAAGUCAUAAAUGUUUACAAAAACAGCUGGGAAAAUGAAAAAUCUUAUAAGAGUCACGCAUGUUGAUGUUAGUUUUCGAUCUAUUUUGUCAUUCGGUUGAUAUAUUAGUCUCUGAUUAAUCUUGUUAUUAUUAACUAAUACGCCGCUACAGAUUUUUUCUGGGGCUUGGGUGAAUUUACUCUCAUUCUCUCCCUAGCGACAUUUGUGGUACGAUUUUAUAGUACAUAGAAUUUGUUUUGAUCAAUCUUGUUACAGAGAGAGGGAAGGGUAAAGGUAGAUCUUGACAUUGUUAUGGUAGUUAUUAUUUAUUAUAUGGUAAUUAGUUUUUGGUUUCUUCUGUCAUUUUUAUAACAGACUAAGCUUUAGAUGAUUCCUUUGUAAUAGCUUGUCUAGAAACAUCGCUAGAAGAGGGAAAGGGGGGGGGGGGGGAGGGUGAAUGGGGGUGGAUUCACCACUAGUUCGUGUAUGUUUAUUAUAGGUAUUUUGAAAAAAAUUCGGAAUUUUAUAGGUGGUUUACUAAUUUGAUUUGACGAUAGAGAUGUUCACAAUGAAAAGAAUCAGUUAACGGUGCAUUGUACUCAUUUAAGCUUUGUAUUUCAUAAUAAUGACGACUUUAAAGUUUGUUCUGUUAUCAUUUUGGAUGUACGUUCUUCCUGGAAUUUGUUUGUUCGAACGAUGUGAUAAAAAGCAUCGUAACGGUUACUUUAUCGUGCGAAGAUAAGAAUGAUGUAAAUAACGUAUCUUUACUAGUUUUUGAUAAUCAUAAAAGGAACGGCAUUUGUUUUACUGUAAUGUGGAAAGGAUAUAAGAGUUCUGUUUUGAUUGUAAUACUUGAAUUUGUUUGCAAAAGUGUACUUUGGUAAUGCUGCUGUUUAUACGUGCCGCUAGUUAUUUACAAUUAUUCGAAGUUUUUUUGGCGUUAUUGGAUAGUGAUGGCGAUCGUUUUCUUAGAUUGUUGAUGUUAAUUGUUGUAUGUUCUAGAUAUAUAUUUAGGUAACUAAGUUUUUACGGUUUUUUGCGUAGCCGCUAGACUUUUAAAGGGACCCGGCUCAAUUUUUCGGUCCGGCUCACGGCCUGGACUUUGAUUUGGGCCGAGACCUUGCUCAUUGGGCCUCCUUUUAGGUUUACUCAGCAAGGCAAGAGUUUUCUAUAACAACAGUAGGCUUUAUGAUUUUUAAACGUAAUCUGGAUCACUAGUUGACUAUAAAAAGAGCUUUUUUUUGUUUUUUUCAAGGUUGUGAUAAAAGCAGAUACUAUCCAAGUAAUUGUAAAAUUUUUAUUAUUUCUUUGUAACUUCUGAAGAUCACGUAUAGUAUUUAUUUUGGACUUUACACUAUCAAGAGCGCAUUACUAUGUAACAAUUUCUCCGUUGUAAAAACUUGAAAAGUAACUUUUUAUCAAUGAUGAAUUGAAAUAAACGAUUUUGCGAUUUAUUGAUGAAUAAAAUAUGAUUGGACCUUCUUUUUUAAAGUUAAGCUGGUAUGCCUGGCGCAUGUUUUUAAUAGUCAUUAUUAAAAUGAUUGGAAAUUGCAUUUUCUGUUUGCUUUUGUGAGCUUCUAUAAUAUUUUUUGAUAAAUUUAUCAUAUUUCGUAUUUCAUCGCCACGUGGGUAACUCGGUAGAUCACUGAUCAAUGUGCAAGGUGUCUUCGCGGAUCUGGUUUCAACGAAUUGCGACUACUUUUCUUUGGUCUUAUUACGAUUUGUAUCAUGAGUGUUUGUUGACCCAAUAUGAUCAUUUUUUAACUUUUAAAAUAUCGCUUUUUUGGAAGUUCUGUCUGGUAUAAAUAAGGCGGUUGUAAUGGGCUUAGUCAUUAUUUUUGAAAUUAAGAUCUGCAGUGGAACUUCUGUAUAACGAAUUUCUCUAUAAAUUUAUAACGAGCAAUUUUUGACUUCUCAUCGACCACUAAGUUCGUUAUACAGGAGUUUGUUAUAAUAUGAUUACUUAAAAAAAUGUAAUGUUACGGAUGAUCAAUCACUGUUUUCUUUCCUUUUCUCCAUUCUCUGUGACCUUCAUUCGAAUUCAUUUCGUAUUUCGAGCUCUCUUUCUUCGUCUCCCAUGUGGUCUAGUGGUUAGGAUUCGUGGCUUUCACCCACGCUAAUUUUUGAAUUGAAAAGUGGGUAAAACUUUUGUUUAUGAUGUUGUACAGAUGUCUGAGAGUUAUUUUUUGUUUAUUCUUACGUUUUUUUUGGAUUAAAGAUGUUAUUUUAAAUAGAUUUUGUUAAUUUUUUCAAGUUUGGACAAUAUACUGGGGGUUUUUAGUGUUUUUUGGAUGUUUUGAAUAGAAACGUGAAUAAAGAGUAAGAGUAAGAAGAGUGUCAGUUCUGUUAAAUGUUUUUAAAAUUAAUUUUAAUUUUUUGUUUAUAAAUUAUUGCAUUUUUGUGCUUGUUUGGUCACUUUUGGACUUUUUUUGUUAAGAAAAGUGGAUUGAAAGUGAUUGCGACAAACAUUUUAGUGCCAAAACGUGGUGUGUUUUUGUUUUUUGUUGUUUACAAAGUUUUUGUUUGUUUUUCCUUUGUUUUGAAUUGUGACAAAAUGUCUAUUUUUUGUGUUUUCAAUACCUUUUUUAAUUUUUAAUUUUUUAAAAUGUCUUUUUUAAAUUUUAGCGUGUUUUAAAAGUGUUUUGACCAGGGCUGGACAUAAGGCAAGGCACAGGAAAUUGUUAAUGUCUUGUCUUUUGGCCAAGCCUGGGUUUAGUACGUGCUUGAUCGUGAUAUGUCACAAGUUUGCUACGUGCUUGAUCGUGACGGUUUUACGUUUGCUAUGUUUUUGAUCGUGUUGUUCUUAAAAUGUUAUGUUUGUAUUGAAAUAUGUAAAGUUUUUCAAUAUUUGAAUUGUAGAAACAACCAAAAAUGGUGAGAUUACCUCACAAAUCAGUAUGCGUGAUCGGUGGUGGCGCUGCUGGUUUAUGUGCCGCGAAACACUUGAUUGAUAACGGUUUCAAAGUUGUGGUUUAUGAACAACAAUCCGAAAUUGGUGGUACCUGGGUGUAUUCGGAAAAAACCGACGUUUUUUCUAGUCUUUAUGAAAAAAUGAUGUAAGUAAUGGCUAUUUAUUUGAAUAUAGUUCUAAAAUUAGUUUUUUGGUGUAUUUGCUGGUAAAAUACGGUUACUUUAUGCGUUUUGUUUAAGAUCCACGAAGUGUAAAAAUAAAUAAAAAAAAAUUAGUUUAAAAACUAACAUUGAAUACAAUUCAGAACGAAUAUACCGAAAGAAAUAAUGCGCUUCGAAGACUAUCCUUUUGAGACAAAAGAUGCCAGCUCAUUUGUGCCACAUCAAGAAGUUUUGGCUUAUCUACAAAGGUAUUCUGCCAGCUUUAGGCAUGUUAUCAAAGUAAGAAAUACUAUAAUAUUUUGAAAAAAACUUCAUUUGUGGUUUUUUACAGAGUAAAUUAGCUCUAACUGUAUCUUGACCCUUACUCUUACUUUUAUCUUUUAACCUUAUUACUCUUACCUUUAAUUUUACCUCUACUCCUACUCUAAUUUGCAUUAACUCUAAUUAUGCACUAACCCGUAUUUUACCCUUGUUUUUACCUUUAUUCUUACUACUCCUUUAAUCAAACUUCUAGUCAAAAAUAAUAAAGAACAAUAUAACACUUGCCACUUUAGUGCAACACGACUGUAGUGAAAGUAGAACGUAACAACAAUUCAUGGCAAGUCACAACAAGACCAGUACAAUCGACCGGUCAAGAAAACGAGUCGACUCAAGAAUUUGAUGCUGUAUUCGUAUGCAAUGGUCAUUUUGCUCAGCCGAGGAUAUUGGGCUGCGCGAAGAAGCUGAAGAUUCCGUGGAUUCAUUGUCACAACUACAGGAAACCAGAUGGCUACAAAGGGCAGAAUGUGUUAAUAAUUGGUGGGGGUCCUUCUGGUACUGAUGUGGCUAUUCAAAUUAGUCAGUUCGCGAAGAGUGUAAGCAAUUUUGAGGGUUUUAAAGUAUUGUAAGGCGACUUGUAAGCUUGCUGUAACAAGAUUACGGUAGGCGUCGAAAAUCUUGGUUUAUGGGCUUACUGUAAAAUGCUUUGAUUUUUGUGGUAUGCCGUUUGAAAUUGUGAUUCCAUCUGCUUAUUUUAACAAGCUUAUGGUAUGCUUCGAAAAUCAGAGUUUAUAUGCUUACUGUAACAAGGUUUUAUUUUUGAGAUACUCUAUGACAAAAACGAUAAUAGUAUAAUAAAACAAAGAAAAGACAAGAUAAAACCAUAAAAAUCAAAAAUAAGUAAAAAAAUAAAAAAAUAAUUGCAGGUCCAUUUACUAUAUGACCAAAAAAUAAAAUACGUACUACCGCCCAACGUACAAUGCCAUUCGAGGUUAGGUGACGUUUCUGAUGAUGGUAAAACAUUUUUAUUGGAAUCAGGAGAAGAACUGAAAAAUGUUGAUUCGGUCAUCUUUUGUACUGGUUAUACAUACGAUGUGCCAUUCUUUGAUUCUACUGAUAAGAACAGCAAGAAAUUGGUCGAAGUAAGGGACUUUUUGUCAUUUUUCGAAAUCAUGAGUUAGUGAACUUUCAAAUUUUUUGCCUUAUCUAUCUUAACCAACCGUGACAAUCAUCUACUUCUAGGUAAAAGGUAACGGAUCGUAUAUAGCUCCACUAUAUCAACAUUGUGUACAUCCUUCAUACCCAAAUUCACUGUAUUUUAUUGGUUUAUGUUGGAGCUUGAUCCCAUUUGUUUUAUUUGAUCAUCAAAUACAAUAUUGUAUCGCUUUAAUGAUGUCGCAAGUACCUGUACCAUCACAAGAGGAAAUGUGGAAUUUUGAGGAGAAUAGACUACGGUAAGGAGUUUUAAAUUGGUACUGUAAUUUUAUAUUGAUUUUGGUGUGAUUUGCGUGUUUUUUUAUGUUUUACAUCGCCUCAGGCAAGGGAGAAUUUGAAACUUCAGGUUAAAAUGACAAUAAAAAGUAAUGAUUUCUAUUUUUAUAUUUUGUAAAGAAAGUUCUUGCAAUUUCUUCAUAGAAUAACAAAAUUCGGUAGCUUUAUUGUAAAGAAAGUUUUUGCCAUUUCCAAUUUUUCGUUUAGUGAGUUGAAAAAAAAUGCACAGCCAGUCAAGUUUUACCAUCGAAUGCACACAGCUCAAUGGGUCUACUUCGAGUUGCUUUCAAAGGUUGCCAACCGCCCUCACACUCUACCACCGGUCGCAAAAGCCAUCUACGAACAUGUUCAUGAUCAACGACAGGUCAAUUUGACCACGUAUAAAGCUAAUCGGUAUAGAAUUGUAGAUGAAAACACUUUUGAGUUCACGCCUGUUAUUGAUCAAGUCUUUGAUUAA